GCAGCAUCAUCGUGAAGAGGAGGUUGUUGAUCUUGAGUCUUUUAGCAUUAUGGCUUUAUCACCUUUAGAUGGCCGAUAUUUGCAGAAAGUCAAGGAUUUGCACCCAUUCUUUAGUGAAUAUGGGUUAAUCCGUUACCGUGUAAUAGUUGAGGUAAAAUGGUUGCUAAAAUUAUCAGAAAUACCUGAAAUCAAGGAGGUUCAAAGCUUUAGCGAGAAUGCCAGGUCUUAUUUAGAAAGUAUAGUUAGUGGCUUCAGCAAAGCUGAUGCUCUGGAAGUGAAAAAGAUUGAAAAAGUAACUAACCACGAUGUUAAAGCAGUGGAAUACUUCUUGAAACAGAAAUGUCAAUCCAAUGCUGAGAUUGCUGAGAUUGAGCCGCAUGACUAUAUCGCAAAGCUUUUCAAUGUAGUUGUUCAGUUUAAUAACAUCCUGACUGAUUUUGAUCGGGACAUAUGGAGCUAUAUUUCGUUAGGUUAUUUUAAGCAGAUGACCAAGGCUAGGGAGAUUGGAUCUUCAACUAUGCCUCAUAAAGUUAAUCCUAUUGAUUUUGAGAAUAGUGAGGGCAACUUGUGUUUGGCUAAUGCUAUUUUAUCUGCUCUCAGUUCGAAAUUGCCCAUCUCUCGUAUGCAGAGGGAUUUGACCGAUUCCACUGUUUUGAGGAAUUUGGGUAUUGGAUCUGGGUAUUCUCUCUUGGCAUACAAAAGUGCACUACAAGGAAUCCGGAAGCUUCAGGUUAGUAGUAAAAUCUGUAUGAGAUGGUUAUCACUAGAGAAUUAGAUAUAAAGCUAGAUGUGUUAUUGGUAGGAAAUGCGCCGCUGUCGUCGUUCUUUGCUUCAUGUAUGUUGUUUGUUCUGUUCUUGCUUUAGCUAUUUGGGUUGGGCAUAUGUUGAAUUUGAAUUCGUCACUAAUGCAAGAUGCUAAAUUCUGUGAAUUACAAGAUCAUAGAAAUGUGGAGGAUCCAUUUCAAGAUGAAUUCUUGUCUUGCUGUCAACAUAAUUUCUAUCCAAUUUACAUCCAUCUAAUAAUAUAUAUGAUUUUUACGGAUGUUUAAGUGUUUUUCUAUAUAAGUAUUUCUUUUCUAAAAUUGUACUAACCAUUUCCCUCAAAAAUAUUGUAUGAACUAUGUCUUUGCUAUCCUUUUCAAUUUCCUUUAGAUCUAUUAUUUGGGAUCCAUAACUAUGAUAUCUAGCAUGAUUCUUUUGCAAAAAUUCUGUCUGUACGUCCUAGUAGUUGAUGCGAAGAAAGAUACAUCUAAAAGUGGCAAAAGCUCCUUUUUUGCUCAAUAUGCUGCCGAUGUAUAAAGACAAUCCCACUGUUAACAUUUAAUCAAGUUUAUUCUGAAACUUGCCCAAAUUAGUUUGAAGUUUAAAGCUCAUUAUUUUAAAGUAAUAAUACUUUGAUUGUACAUUUUUGAUACAGUGCUAUCAAUAUGUCUCAUUC